AUGGUCCUACAGUCAAUUUCUAGGGGAAUGUUUACUUCUGGACGUCCGUUUGCCAAUCUGAGGUUACCCAAUCGUGUCACAACAGUUCUCGUUUCGAGUGUUGGCUUAGGAAUUGUGCUGUUUGGUAUUCUUCUACGAAGGUGGCUUCGGAACAGAAGUGUCUCGGAAAGGCUUUCUUCUGGAUUAAAUGAUGGUGGUUCUCAGGAUGUAUUCAUAGAUACAUGUCACCAACUAGAUCGAUCAGAAGCAGUUCGGGCAUCGUCUCGUUUGCGAUAUACGCCUUCGAUCAGUGACCGUGGUAGUGUACGACAAGGUGGAAGUUCAAGACAUCGGAAUCACAUGAGCACUAGUAUGGAUCCUCUACCACUUGGAGUGGUCGACUCGACUCAAGAGUUAUUGCGAUCUUUGGAGAGAGCAGUCAGCGUGAUUGAGACCUACCGUAGCCACAGCGAGAAACACUCCAACUUAUUUGGAGAAUUCACUUCCAUAAUUGAUCGUUUGAAGGUGCUGGAAUCAGAUAUAGCUCGUCUCGUCGCUGAGGGUGCUAUUGGAGAUUUAAAAGAUGACCUUAAUACCACCAUACUUCCGCAAGGUGCGGUUUGGUCUGUGCACAAUCUUCCUCAUCCUGGAACACUUUCAGUCCUUUCUGAUGAUUCCUUUAUGUCUGCAUAUGAAGAAUUCGCGGUUACGUUUGAUAAUGACAUCCUCCGCGAUGAGCUAUCCAUCCCAGAAAACCAACUUCAUUUGUAUAAGGACGGUUUGAGGGCAGCAAAUCGUGGAGAGGUGAAUUUUAGAAAAAUGCGUGGAGAUAUUUGCCAAUGUGAGAACGAAUUGGAUUUUGCUGCGAAAUUGUGGUGCCUCCGUAAAGCGCUUGAAUUAUGCUUAAACGACGAGCGUAGGAAGAUGUGGUUAGCAAAUGCAGGACGCACUCUUCUUGGAGACAUUCUUAAGCACUCUAAACAGGAUCCAGCCCAAUUCUACACAGCUUUCGAUGCAUUGAUAGAAUUCUUUCGAAGUGAAGUUAAUGUGAGUCAAAUGGAAGAGGAGCUAGCAGGGCGUGGUGUUGUAGAAUUUGGUUUUUGGGAUGUCGUGCUUGAUUUCAUUCUUCUAGAUUCGUUCGAUGACAUUAGAUCACCUCCAUCUGCUGUGUAUUCUGUAACAAAGAAUUACUUCCUUUCGAAUUCUAUAAAAUACUCUACCAUUCGCACUAUAAUUUGGUCGAUGUUGAAGGCGAAACGUCAGAGGUUGAAAGAUAGUAAUGGAUUCAUAGCACAUAUCUAUGACAUCUCUGAAACAGUCUCACCGGCGAUUACUUUGGGAUUUCUUGGCACGGAUUCGCGUAUUGGUGAACUAUGCCAGUAUUUUAAGGAACAGGUAACUCAAUUCGUUGUUGACAUAUUCAAUUUAAAACGAGUACGCUACACAACUGUGGAGGCGUUGGCUGAAGAUGUUUGGAUUAUACUCGAAAGUCGAGCUGAAGCGCUACGCACCCGACUUGCUACCGAACUUAUUCCCGCUUAG